CACCGAGAAUUCUGCACAACUUGCCUCGAUUUCUCCCAUAUUCCCCCCAGCCGCAUAGACCCACCCCAGUGGCAUACAUUCCCGCCGUGCGUCACGGGCUGGCCUUAUCCUGGGCGCGGCCCGUCGGGCUACCACGUCUGGAUCUGAUCGCAAUGCGCUGUGCCAUCAUGAGACGCGAUCCUGCCCUGCGAACUUUCGUCGCAGUCGCCGCGUCGCUGGCCUUUCUCGUCGUAGCGUUCGCUCCUCGCCCGCUGCUCGCCCAUCCUUCGCAAUCGCUGGUCGCGGCUCCCAGCGGCAUUCCGGCGACCAGCCGCUCGUCGUCGCAUUCGUCGUUCGCUGUGCUUCCGCAGCGCCGACUGCUGCAAGCGCAGCCAUGGCGCAAGCAGCUCGACGACACGCCGGGAAUGUCGCUCUUUCGCGCGCGGGUUGAUCUCGCCGCCGCGGAAGCUCUCUCCAAGCCCGCGCUCGGGGGGAAGUCCCGCGCGGGGGAAGGCCCUGGCGGAGCAGGCAGAGCAGGCGGAGCAGGCAAGGCUAGCGGAGCAGGCGGAGGCGGAAGCGGGGCCUCUGAAGUAGGGGCGGUAGUCGCAGGGGGGAAAAAACGCGCUCGGGGGAAACCCAAGGCGCUGGGCGCGGGGGGAACAGGCGCGGGGGACAUGGGCGCGUACAGAGAGCCCGCUAACCCCUACGUCCCCACCCCCAAGCCCCUAGACGAGCCCGCCCCAGCAGACCCCAAGCCCACCCCCUCCGCCGAGCCUGCCCCCGACACCCAACCCGCCCUCCCCGAGCCUACCCUCACCGCUUCACCGAACGUGUUCGCAGCAGCGGCGGCAGCAGCAGCGUCGGCGGAGCCCGCGGCCCCGUUACAGCCGCUCUCUGAAGCCGGGCUGAGCAAGCGCCUGGUGCGGUCGCUGCGGGAUCUCCGUCCGUUUGCGCGGAUCAACAUAUCGACGGCUGUGGUGCAGCUGUUUGCGGAGAUGGUGGACCACUCCCUCGCGCCUUGGAGCCGGAUCCCCGCCGCCGCCAACGGCAUGGGGCAGAGCGGCAUGGUGUCGCCCUCGCUGCUGCGGUCCAUCGCCAUGCGGCCCCGGUUCAUGUCGUGUGCGGGCGCCGUGCGAGUGGUGGAGGGGGCCGUCUAUUUCCGCCUGGGCGGCUUUAUUGACAACCCCUACCGCACCAGGCGCUUCCUGCAGAUGGUCAAACGCAUUCAGCAAGCGGUGACCAAGUUCCGCCUCGCCUCCGUAUCAGCCGAGUUCUUUUUGAACGUGUGCGACCUGCCCGCCAGCUACGACAACGACGUGGGCGGCUCGCGCAGCGUGGGCUUCCCGCUCUUCAGCACGCGCACCGUGGAGGGCGGCCUCGACAUUGCCGUGCCGGACCCUCUUGAUCUGAAUGAGAACAUCGACCUGCCGCCGCAGCCAGAGACCGAGGUGCCCUGGGAGGAGAAGGAGAGCCGCGCCAUCUUCCGAGGACCCAUCAGCAGCCUGCCCCUGGAGGACGUGCCCAACUGGCGCGCCAACCCCCUCAUCCGCCUGCAGAGGCUGUCAGAGGCUCGGCCGGACCUGCUGGACGCGAAGCUGUACGGGUGGAGCAGAGAGCUGGACCUGGAGGUCCGGAAGAGAAUGAAGGCGGACGGCGUGGUGAUGCAGGGCAAGGCAGCGCUGGGGGAGGCGUCGCCGUGGCGCUUCAAGUACGGCAUCGUGGCGGGCAGCGCGCACCACCACCAGAUGUGCCCCAUCCUCACCAGCGGCGCGCAGGUGGCGAUCCGGCAGGACUCGCCGUACUCGGAGUUCUUUGUGGCGAUGCUGAAGCCGUUCGUCAACUUCAUCCCUGCCAAUCGGCACUUUGACAACCUCAUCGAGAAGCUGCGUUGGGCGCAGAACCACGACAAGCAUGUGCGCAACAUGGCGCUGGCGGGCAAAAGAGUCUCCAAGUGGGCGUGCUCCAAGCAGGGCCACGCGCUGUACUGGGCUAUCCUCCUUAUAAAGUACUCCCAUAACGCCAUGGAGGACCCGUCUCUCGUCAGGCCUCCAGGGAAGCAGCUGUGCCGCAAGGCCCUGAGCCCCGCCAUCAUCGCCCUAGCCGACCCCAGCAGCACGGGCAGCAGCCAGGCGCCCCCUCUGCCCACGGAUUGGCCGCCGGCGUGCAGUGAGGAGGAUCUGGCGCGGGUGAAGCAGCCGGCGUGCGUGUUCUACUGCCGCAAGGGCAUCAUUCUCACCAAGACCCACACCUGGGUGUCGGCCGAUGUGCUGGCGGCCCCCUCAGCCGCGCAAUAGAGGGGCGCACCAGCUGUAGCUGUAGGGCUUAGCGUUGGUGCUCUAUUGCCAGAAGGGAAAUAGUCAUCCCUCUCAUUGUCUGUAGUGUUAGCCAAAUAUUACAACUGUUUGUUGUGCCCUUAGGAUGUGUACCUCAUACGCUAUUGAAUUUUG